AUGGCGGAGGUCGAGGGAAAGCGCGUCAUCACUGUGGAUGACGUCAAGACGGUGCCGAUGGAUUUCCGGUUCCCUACAGCGAAUCAGGCGAAGCACUGCUUCACCUGCUACAACGAGUUCCACAAGUGCAUUGCUGAGAAGGGCGAGGGCGCCUCAGAGUGUCAGAAGUUUGCCAAGGCCUACCGGACGUUGUGCCCUGCUGAGUGGGUUGACAAGUGGAACGAGGACAGGGAACAGGGUAUCUUUGUGGGCCGUUACUAA